GAGAUCGGGCACAGCGGGGAGGACCUGGCCGACGUCAUGAGGCAGACGGCCGCCGUGUCUAGGGUUAUUUUCAUCGCUGCUCGCGGAGAGACUGUCCGGACCAUGAUGCUUCACGCGUACGAUCAGGGUCUGAUUAACGGCGAGUUUGUCUUCUUCUGUGUGGAGUUCUUCAGACAACCGCAGAUGUUCGGAAACUUCGACUGGAAGGCCGAUGACGGCCGUGACGAGGAUGCUAAGAAGGCGUUUGAAGCCCUGUUCAUCCUGUCUCUGUACCGCCCGGACACCGCUGAGUACGCCACGUUUGCUGACCAAGUCAUCAGGAGGUCACUGUCUGACUUCGGUUUUACUUAUCCACCUGAAGAAGAGGUGUCCGUUUUGGCCGCCAUAGUGCACGACGCUGUCGUUCUGUAUGCCACUGUUCUGAGCGAGAUUCUGGAGGAGGGAGGGAAUCCGUACGACGGAAGGGCCAUGGCUGAGAGGAUGCGGAGCAGAACCUUUCACGGAGGUAUCCAGGGGAACAUCACUAUCGACAGUAACGGCGACAGAGACUCGGACUACAUGCUGUAUGACAUGCAGGACGUCAUCAACGGGACAUUUAAGGUUGUGGCUAAUUUCUUCGGUGAACGGAAGGUUUACGACCAAGUCCCGGGUGUGGUCAUCAAGUGGCCGGCCGGAAGUGCGUCACCACCCCGGGACACGCCGGAAUGUGGGUUUGACGGGGAAUUCUGCGUCACAGAACUCACAGAGCUGGACCCUAUGGUGUACGUGGGAUCGUCCUUCUCCAGCCUGGUGCUGGUCCUGGUGAUUGUAGUCAUCAUCAUGUACAGAAAAUACCGUCUGGAAGCGGAGGUGGCCAGUAUGCAGUGGAAGGUCAAACCGGAAGAUGUGGUGUUCGUCAAGGGACACGCUAACAGUCUGUCCCGGGCUAGCACCAAGGUAGGUAGCCGGUCCUUGGCUACAAUCUACUCGGGUUUCUCCGUCAGUACCACGGACGACGAACAACAGAUCUUCACCAAGACUUGUACAUACAAAGGCAACACCGUAGCUCUAAAGUGGGUGGAGCCCAAGAAAGCUCACCUGAACAAGACGCUUCUUCUUGAACUCAAACAGAUGCGUGACCUGACCCAUCCUAACGUCACCAUGUUCGUGGGCGCCUGUCUGGAGCCGAUCACGUCCAACUCUUUCAUUCUCACCGAGUACUGCCCGCGGGGGAGUCUGCAGGACAUUCUUGAAAACGACUCCCUGACCUUGGACUGGAUGUUUCGAUUUUCCCUCAUGUUGGACAUAGUCAAGGGCAUGUCGUACCUCCACGCCAGUUUCCUGAAGUCGCACGGUCAGCUCUGUUCCUCUAACUGUGUGGUGGACAGCCGCUUCGUGCUCAAGGUCACGGACUUCGGACUCAUGUCACUGCGCAAGCGCAACACCGACAAGACGCACGCGUAUUACACAAAGCUACUCUAUCGAGCCCCGGAGCUGCUCCGCGGAUCCGUCCCGACCAGAGGUACCCAGAAGGGAGACGUCUACAGUUUCUCCAUCAUCGUGCAGGAGAUCGUCUUCCGCUGCGGAACGUUCUACCGGGAGGACAGCUGUCUACUACCUGAAGACAUGCUGCAGCGUGUGCAGCACAGUGAGGAGCCUCCGUACAGACCGACCGUGAGUGACGCCGUCUGUCCGCAGAACCUCCGCAGUCUGAUGGAGAAGUGUUGGUCAGAGGACCCGGAGGAACGACCUGACUUCCACAGCCUGAGGGGCAUGGUCAAGAAACUCAGCCCAGCCAGUCAGAGUGAGAACAUCCUGGACAACCUGCUGAGCCGGAUGGAGCAGUACGCCAACAACCUGGAGUCUCUGGUGGAGGAGCGGACAGGGCAGUACAUGGACGAGAAGAGGAAGGCGGAGGACUUACUGCACCAACUCUUACCCAGGACGGUAGCAGACCAGCUCACGCGGGGACAGAGGGUGGAGGCCGAGGCAUUCGACUGCGUCACUAUCUACUUCAGCGACAUCGUGGGCUUCACGUGCCUGUCAGCGCAGAGCACGCCCAUGCAGGUGGUUGCGUUGUUAAACGACCUCUACACAACUUUUGAUGCCAUCAUUGAUAAUUAUGACGUCUAUAAGGUGGAGACUAUCGGUGACGCCUACAUGGUGGUCUCGGGUUUACCGCUGAGAAACGGCAACCUCCACGCCAGGGAAGUCGCCCGGAUGUCGCUGGCACUUCUGGCCGCCGUCAGAUCCUUUAAGAUCCGGCACCGUCCUCAGGACCAGCUCAAACUCAGGAUCGGUGUUCACUCUGGUCCCUGUGUGGCGGGAGUUGUGGGUCUAAAGAUGCCCCGAUACUGCCUGUUUGGAGACACGGUCAACACCGCCUCCCGGAUGGAGUCAACAGGGCUGCCCCUGCGUAUCCACACCAGUGUGCCGACCGUGUCCUUACUCAGCACGUAUGGAGGGUUCGUUCACGAGUUCCGCGGACAGGUCGAAAUGAAAGGGAAGGGCCCGGUUCCUACGUACUGGCUACUGCGGGAGGAGAAGUCCAGCACACGGGAUAUUCUGUGA